AGCUCUUUUCCCCAACCGAUUGAUUCUUCAACCAAAACCAACCACUUCCAUAUCACUCCAUAGAACUUACCUAUCUCAACUUUCAUACCUUCAUUCUCUUUUAAAAUGACCACCGCCUUAGACCAGCUUAAGCAGUAUACCACUGUCGUAUCUGAUUCUGGUGAUUUUGAAAGCAUUGCCCAAUACAAGCCUCAGGAUGCGACCACCAACCCUUCGUUAAUCUUGGCUGCGGUCAAGAAACCAGCAUACGCUAAAUUGAUCGACGUAGCUGUCCAAUACGGGAAGUCACAAGGAGGGUCGAUCGAUAACCAGGUAGAUGCUACCGUCGACAGACUCCUAGUCGAGUUUGGCAAAGAGAUUCUGGCUUUGAUUCCAGGCCGAGUUUCGACAGAAGUCGAUGCGCGUUUCUCCUUUGACAAGGAAGCCACCAAACAAAAAGCCAAACAUCUCAUCGAGUUAUACAAAUCACUUGGGAUCAGCAAAGAUCGAAUCUUGAUUAAGAUUGCUUCUACCUGGGAGGGAAUUCAGGCUGCAAGAGAGCUAGAGAAAGAGAACGAUAUUCACUGCAACCUUACUUUACUCUUUGGAUUCGGCCAGGCUGUUGCUUGUGCUGAAGCUGGUGUUACCUUGAUCUCACCUUUUGUGGGUCGAAUCUUGGAUUGGCACAAGGCAAAGAACCCUGAUGGCAAGUUCGACGGUGCCAACGACCCCGGUGUGCAAUCUGUUCAAAAGAUAUACCGUUACUACAAGCAAGAGGGUUACAAGACGAUCGUGAUGGGUGCUUCGUUCCGUAAUACGGGCGAGAUUGAGCAAUUGGCAGGAUGUGAUUUCUUAACUAUCUCGCCCAAUUUGUUGGAUGAGUUACACAAAUCUGACAAAAAGAUUGAACAAAAGCUAAGUGUUGACAAAGCUACCACUGGUGAAAAAUUGGCAAAAGUGUCGUAUGUCGACAACGAGCCUGAGUUUAGAUGGGCCUUACUACAAGACCAGAUGGCUUGGGACAAACUACACGAAGGUAUUAAGAAGUUUGCAGAGGAUUCUGAGACACUUAAAUCGCUCCUCAAAGAAAAAAUCGGCAAGGCUUGAAAGAGGGAUCAUACAUAGAGUUUUUUGUUCUAUCUUUGUAGCAAUCGAUCCCAUUCCCUGCCAUACGCAACUUUGCAUUACCUUUCUCAUGAUGUACUUUAUAUGCACUAAGGUGACAUUGGGCAAAAGAUAGACAAUGUUACCAAUCCCCACUC